UUAUUUCUUUGAUCCUAAAAUCUCUCAUCUUUCUCUCUCUAAAAAAUCUAUUCCCCCCUCUCUCUAGAUUUUGUCCUUUGUUCAUGCCCACAAGAACCCUUCUCAUCUUCAAGGUUUCUCCACCCACCUAUACCACCAAUCGUCAAAUCUCCAUCAUUUCUCCGGUGGGUUCGCCUCCGUCAUUGUCAUGACGGUGGCUCAAACCCGUUUACGCCUCCACCUUCAUGUUAUCGUCUUCAUCUCGAUUUUUCGCCACGUAAACGCCUUAGAAAACGACACCCUUCUCGAGUUAAAGGAGUCGCUUAUUAAUGGCGAAAAGUUAACCACUUGGAACCCAUCCACCUCCCCAUGCAACGGCAAUGAGCCGAAUUGGGAAGGUAUUCUUUGCGUGAACGACACCGUUUGGGGUAUCCGCCUCGAGGGGAAAGAGCUUCGUGGCAACAUCGAUACGAAAAUCAUCAUGAAUCUGCCAUCUUUGAUAACAAUAAGCUUUCAAAACAAUAGUUUAGAAGGUGAGUUUCCUAUGUUCAAAAGGUUACGUAGGUUAAGAAGUAUCUUCUUGACGGCAAACAAGUUUUCUAGAGAGAUUCCAACGGAUGCAUUUAAGGGGAUGAGGAGGCUCAAGAAGCUUUACUUGGCUAACAAUGGUUUCCGAGGUCAAAUUCCUUCGUCUUUGACUGCGUUACCGAGGCUGCGAGAUUUAAUGCUUGAAAACAAUCGAUUCGAAGGUGUGAUUCCGACGUUUGUGAGGGAUAAUUUGACGUUUGUUAACUUUGCCAACAAUCGUUUAUAUGGUCCGAUCCCUAAACGGCUUCAGCAUUUCCCCAAAAGCAAGUUUUCUGGUAACGCUGACCUUUGUGGACCACCGUUCGAGGAGUGCAAGGUGGAGAUCCCAGCCACCACCAUCAUCAUGGUAGCAUUGGUGGUGGUUGCAGCCUUCGCAGCGAUCACGGUAGCUUUCAUUAUCCUACAACUAUUCAGAACAUCUUCAACUCAAGUACCACCCUACAAGAAGGGAGCUUCAGCAGACCAUGAUCAAAUGGAGCAAGGUUGUGGCAAAGCCCCCGGCACGGUCGCUGCCAAGAAGGUUGACCUGUCUCUAACGUUGACCUUUUUGCAAGACGACACUGAAACUUUUGACUUGGCGGACUUGUUGAAGGCGUCCGCAGUGGUCCUUGGUGGUGGGGUGUUUGGAUCGAGCUAUAAGACCACCCUCAGUCGCCACAAAGUGCUAGUUGUGAAGAAGUAUAAUCAAAUGAAUAACGUGACGAAAGAUGAGUUUUACAAGCAUAUGAGAAAGCUAGGCAAGUUGAAACACGCGAAUUUGGUUCCACUUAUCGCAUUCUACUAUCGAAAAGAAGAGAAACUCUUUCUCGCGGACUACAUUGAAAAUAUAAGCUUAGCUGUUCAUCUUCAUGGUAUGCUAGAUAGACUAAGUUGGCCUACCCGGUUAAAGAUCGUAAAGGGCAUAGCGAGAGGGCUUUUACACCUUUACAAUGAGCUUCCGAGCCUAAUCACCCCUCACGGUCACCUCAAGUCAUCAAAUGUUUUAUUGAAUCAAGAGUUUGAGUCACUCCUCACAGACUACGGGCUAGUUCCCAUAACCAACCAAGAACACGCAAGAGAUGUGAUGAUCGCCUUUAAAUCACCUGAGUUCAGGAACCAUGGACGCAUCACAAAGAAGACGGAUGUAUGGAGUCUAGGGGUGUUGAUUCUAGAGAUCAUGACCGGGAGAUUCCCUGCAAACACUUUCCACUAUAGCAAAGGCGGUGACUUAGAGCUAACGAACUUUCUAGACUCCAUAAUGAAAGAGGAUGUGACGGUUGACAUGUUUGAUAAGGAAAUAGGCGCGUUCGACAAGCGUAACGAAGGGGAGAUGUUGAAGUUAUUGAAUAUAGGGUUGAGUUGUUGCGAACCAGAUGUAGAAAAGAGGUGGGACAUUAAAGAGGUUGUUGAUAGAAUAGAGAAGGUAAGAGAAAGUAAUGAUAAUGACAACAGUGACAAUGAUAAUGACAACAAUGACGGGGAUUAACGCCUCCUAGACAAAUGUUUAUGCUUAUGCAUCCAUCACUAUCAAGUGUGGUGAUCCUCCAUGGUUUAAGAUGGUAAUGUUUGAUGAAUCUAAAGGGCAUCUUCCAUGGAGUUUUGAGGUCCAAAUUGAAAGGCUAAAUGGUUCCCAUUGUUCUUGUUUCUUUGGCCUUUUAAAGGAGGUUACCUCCGUCAGGGUGAGCGAUUUCGUGUAGGCUUGUUUGGUUUGUAGAAUUCGUUAGAAUAUGAUACAACUGGAUUAUGAAUUCGAUUCUAUGUCCUAUUUGGGUUGAUAAA